AUGGAGAGAAACAAGUACAGAGGGAGAGAAACAAAGGACAGAGAGGGCAAAAGCCCAAAGGGUCAAGCUUUCAACACCCACCACCAAAAUACUACUGGGUGGUCGGUGAUAGCUGAUGGGUCUGUUGUAGAUUGCGAGACUAAGAAGGAGGAAGAGCCGGACUGCUUCUCGGAAGCUUCAAAACGCAGCGUUUCGGGGUUGCCGGACAAGCUCCGGUGCUGGUUCGAUCAGUUUCUUGGGGUUUUUCUCAAGGAAAUAUGUACCCGAGACUCGCUCCGGCCUCUGCCUCCGAUGCUCGGAAAUGGGCAGAGGGUGGAUUUGUUUAAGCUGUUUUGGGCUGUGAGAAAGAAGGGCGGGUUUGAUUGUGUUUCGGAUUCUGGGGUUUGGGAUUUUGUUGCAGGGGAGUGUGGGUUGGGUUUGAGUUUAGGUGGGGCUGUGAAGUUGGUUUACACUAAGUAUUUGUACCUGCUUGAGAGGCUUUUGGAGAAUAAGGAUUUGGAAUGGAGUUUGGGUAGUAGUGGCGUUGAUUUGGGGAAGCAGUUGAUGGAUUUGCAGGAUGAGUUUACUGGGUUGUUUCCGGAAGUUGCUGAUCGGAAGGUGAAAGAUAGGGCGGAGUAUUUGAAUGCGGAGAUGUCCCCGAAGAGUUUGAAGGACAGUAAUGAGGUGGCCGGUGUGGGAGAAAAGUGUGGUGGGAUGAAGAAGAGUGUUGAUAAUGUGGGGUUGGAGUGGGAUUUGGGGACUGUGGAGAAGAUUUCGAAUAAUGUGGCUGGGAAUGUGGAUGUGAUGAACAGUAUGGAGGAUGCUGGGAAGUUGAGUAACAAUGAAGAGGUGAAGAGUGAGGUGGUGGAAUCGGGUGCAGGGAAGAAACUUGAUGAUGACGACGACAAUUAUAUAGAUGUAAUGAUUGUGAAUCCAGCCACUAUGGAAGUGAGUUCUUGUCGUAAAAGGAAGCGAGAGUCCUUUUGCGGAAUGUUGAAUUGGAUUAGAAAGAUUGCAGCAGAUCCUUGUGAUCCGGCAGUUGGUUCGUUACCAGAAAGGUCAAAGUGGAAGUCCUUUGGGAAGGAGGAGAACUGGAAGCGGGUUUUGGGUGCUCGAGAGGCCAUGUUUCUGAAGAGGAAUGCUGAUUCAGUUGCAGAACCAUUUAACUCUCAGAAUAAUCAGAGGAUUAUGCAUCCAAGCAUGUACGAUGAUCAUCUUGGCUCAUCUUACAAUCUCAGAGAGAGGCAGAGAUUGGAGAAGCAGCUAAGGACAAUGUCCGAAUCAGGAGCCUGUUCAUUCUCAUCCCCGGCCAGUGACAUGUCCAAAAGCAGCCCUGGCAUGGAGGACCACAUUGAAGUUCGUGUCGGGUCAAAAUAUCAAGCUCAUGUACCAGAAUGGACUGGUGAGUCUUCUGAAAGUGACUCAAAGUGGUUGGGGACAAGGGAUUGGCCAAUUGAAAACCCAGAGCACAGAAAUCUAAUCGAAAGGGAUCCUCUUGGAAAAGGAAGGCAAGAAUCUUGUGGCUGCCAAAUGCCAGGUUCUAUUGAAUGUGUCAGAUUUCACAUUGCUGAGAAAAGGUUAAGAGUUAAGCGAGAACUGGGAUCAGCUUUCUACCAUUGGAAGUUCAAUCAAAUGGGUGAGGAAGUUGGGCUCCCUUGGCCAACUGACGAAGAAAAGAAGUUCAAGGCCAUAAUAAAGGCAAAUCCUCCAUCUCUUGGGAAGACCUUCUGGGAUGAUAUAAUUGAGUCAUUUCCUAAGAAGAGCUGGAGAGAAUUGGUAAGCUUCUACUUCAAUGUCUAUAUCUUGCAGCGUAGAGGAUAUCAAAACAGGUUCACUCCAAACAACAUUGAUAGCGAUGAUGAAGAUUUAGAAUCAGGAACAGCUAUUAAUGGUUUUGGACAAGAGGAACCCAAUUCUUCAAAGUCAAUUUUGAAAUCCCCGCACAAGCCACAUGGGAAAUACAGAUAGACAUGAAAUCUACUACAGCUGAAUCAUCUUGGUCCUUGAAAUUUUGGGUGUUAAAGAUUGUCCUGAUUACAAUUGACGUCAUAGAGAUCAAUUUAAAAGUGUUGGAAGAAGCAGCUGUGGCUAUUCACAAAUACUUCAUCUUUAAGUCUUGUUUCGUGAUCCUUUUGACUUUUGAGAUAUGUUUCCUGUUUAUUCUUGUUUAUCGAUGCCAAAUACAAGUACUUUUAAUUGGAAGUUUCUUUUAGGUUUUUGACAGCAAGAGGCGACCGAAAAAGAAGCCUCUGGAAUUAUAGGGAAAAAAGUAAGUCAUUAGAUGUAGAUCAGAAAGAGUGGAAUUCUGGAAGUCAGAUUGUGGUCUCCAGAACCUGUAAUUGCAAUUAUGAUGAAUUCCGAAAUUGGUAAAGUAAUGGCUUUUUACUUCAGCCA